CUGGGAUUACAGGCAUGAGCCACGCGCCCGCCAAUUCAGUGUCUUUUAGUGUAUUUGCAGAGUUGUGCAAGCCGUCACCAUAAUUUUUUAGAACCAUUACCCCCCAAAAGAAACACCUCCUUUAGCUGUCACUCCCCUCCUAUCUCCUCCCAUUCUCCGCAGCCCUAAGCAACACUAAUGUACUUCUGUCUCUGUAGAUUUGCCUGUUCUGGAUGUUUCGUAUAAAUGGAAUCAUAACAUUAAGAAGCCGGUUGUGACUGCUUCGUUCACUUAGCAUAAUGUUUUCUGGGUUCACCUGCCAUAGGUUCGUGACUUCAGGACAGUUUCCUACUGGCUUUAGUUUCCUCUGGCAAACUUGGGAAUCAGUUUGACAUCUGUGGAAACUUCUGUUAUGGUUCAGGGACAGAAGGUCUCACGGAUGGCCCCGCUGCCAGGGGCAGAACUGGUUCAGAGGCCACUGCAGCUCUACCGAUACUUGCUGCGCUGUUGCCGGCAGCUGCCGACCAAGGGCAUCCAGCAGCAUUACAAGCAUGCUGUCAGGCAGAGUUUUCGGGUUCAUUCAGAUGAAGACAACCCUGAGAGAAUCCAGCAGAUUAUUAAAAGGGCCAUUGAAGAUGCUGACUGGAUCAUGAACAAAUAUAAAAAACAAAACUGAGAGCCCGGAGAGUGAGCCUUCCUGGCCUCUGGAAGUUGAGAGGCGCCUCUUCUGGAGCUCAACAGCAGCAGCAGGUUUGGAAGAUCCAUUGGCCUUGUUGGCUGAAAGCUAGAAAUCAGAGGAGAAGCUGACCUUGCUUCGGAGGCUCCUCUUGCCGCGGCCAUGUUGCCAGCAUCCUUUAUGUUUGUACUUCCAGCCACUUACGAUGUGAAAUUUGGGGAGAAUGUGGUAUUUUUUUGUUUCUUUUGUGUAUUUUUUAUUUUUGUGUUUUUGUUCUUUUACUUUUCUCUGAAAGUGAUUCAUUUAUUCUGGAGAUCUCUUUAUCAUUCUCUGAGUCCCAGAGCAGAUGUCCCCUCAGGUAGCAACCUGUACAGAAGAAAGCGCGUGGGUUUUAGAAGCAGACAGAUCUGGAUUUGAAUCCCAGAUUCAGUAAGAUGAAGGUGAAGUGCCUCACACAGGAUGUGGCACAUGACAGUGCCUGAAGGGCUCCCUCCAAGGAAGCCAUCCUGCCCCACCCUCUCCUCUUUUCCUGCAGCGCCCUGCACAGCUCUGCUCCAGUACACACCGCGUCGGGUCUCAGUUAUUUGUUUGCGAGGUUGCCCUGUCCCUGCUUGUAGCCCCUGAGCCCUCACAGUUGUCACACACCCAGCAGUCUGCCAAAGAGCUGCUUUUCCUGACCACUGUCUCUCUAUGCCCAGGGAAGUCAAAGCCCUGGGCUUUGCCUUCAGGGAGUUGACAGUGUCCGUGAAGUGGUGAAGUGCCCACCACAUGAACCAAGGAGAGACACCAAAGCAGCUGCGGUGGACUCUGGCCUGUCCAAGCCUCUGCGCACCUGCAAUCUGUUUCCACUGGCCCUUCCCUGCUUUGCCACCAUUGUGGAAGAAUAGAAGGGAGGGGGAGAAGGUGGGUGGGCUCAGGGAGAAUGACCAGAGUGGCCAGAAGAUGCAGAGAUAAGUCCCACUGGGAUUUGAGUAUUCCCUGAGGGCACUCAGUCACAGGGAUGAAGUAGUGUGUGUUUGUAUCCUUGUAAUUAUGUGAGUUAAAAUGACUCAGAGAUAUUUAUGUGUGCGUGUGUACUCCGCUGACAAUGAAGUAAAUAUAUCAAUUUGUGGAA